CCUUUUUAUAGCUGCAAACUUCAUCUUGUUUUCACAUUGUCUUUCAAGUUGCUAAAAUGAACAUCAAUAAUUUGCCUGAUGAGUGUUUGUUACACGUUUUCAAUCUUAUUAAUAGAUGUGAUACUCUUCUUAAUUGUGCUAGAGUCUGUGAAAGAUGGAAAUGCUUGGUUCUCGAACGAUGUAAAAAUGUUAAUUACUUAACAGAUUCAUUGAAAGUGGAUGGUUAUCCUGCGAGUCGUACUAUCUUAUUUAAGGAUGAUGAUCAAUUAGAGCGAUUCGAACUAUUAAAAUGCCUUCCUAAACUCAAGAUUUUAGAUGUUAAAAGAAAACUUGAUAAUGAUUUCAUCUUGAACGUAAAAGUCAAAGGACUUUUAUUUAAAUGUGAUAUUUAUCUUGAUCUGGAAAAUGACACUUGUCAUAAUCCAUCGCUUGAAAUGUUAGCGAUCAAACAAUUAUCGGGUUUUUUCGUCAAUAAGAUCCAAGGACCAAGACUGAAACAGUUAUUUCUAACCAGUUGUAGUGUUCCUGAAUUUGCCAGCUGUGCUAAAUAUUUUCCAAAUCUGGAGAGACUUCAUAUUUAUGAACAAAGCCGGUUCUUGGAUGACGGGGCUUAUAUUGGACCUGUUCUCGAAAAGCUAGAGAUUUUGGAAAUGGGUUACCGAUCACGAGUGGAUACAUGGAAAUAUCAUGCAUUCAGCCUUGCAGAUCAUUGCCCAGCUUUGAAAAGUGCAUUUCAUUACAUUCAAUAUUUUGAAGAAAUUUUGGUCGACAGUGAAAUCAAAAAUCAUUUUUUAGAAGAUCUGGUUAUUGAGUUUGAGGAAGAUCAAGAUUGGUCAAUCUUAAGACGCAUUUUGAGCAAAUAUCCAAAUUUGAAACAUUUGGCUAUCAGAAGAGAGCAUGAAUAUGACACAGGAAUAUCUGAUGAAAAUAUUCCCGAACUUUUGGAAUUGCUUCCUUGUAUUAGGCUCAUUGAUAUCAGAAUAUCACGAAAAGUAACCAAAAAGUCAACUGAAUAUAUUGACCGAUACUGUAGACGUCAUAAUCGUUCAAUUUCAUUAUAUUAUGAUUAUGAAACCAAAAUCACUGAAAAAUGGCCUCAUCUAUCAACUGAAUACAGUCGUAUUGGUCUUGGAUUUGACUUUAUGAAAUUCUGUUUCCUAAGAGAUUUUGAUGAAUUGCCACUUUUACUCGAUCCUGAUGAAUAAAACAAUAUUCCUUAGAAUAAAUAUUGAGUUUUGAAUAUUAAA